AUGAUCAGUACCAAACUUGAGUAUGAAGAGGUUGCGCGGCGCACGACUCGAGUCGGUGAUGAUGUUACACAAUCAAAAGGAACAGUCAUGAAAAUGAUCUGCUUAGGUGUUUGUCUUCUUGAUAUGGCUCCAAGUUGGAUUGGUGCUAGCCUUGUUGAUGAUCUACUUGGAGUCACUAGGACUCGGCUAGUCCGUAGUUAG